CAAUCAAGUCUCGGUCACAGAGACCACAAAAUGCCUCGGUUGACCGUUGGCGAUGGAGUGGCAGAGCUUGCGAAGCUUGCGGAGGAUACCGGAAGAGAUGGAGGAAGGUCCGGCGACCGCGACUUCCGAACCACCUUGGUAGUUACAUCAUCGCGACUCAGUCAUAAACAAAUAAGACGAUGAUAAAGCAAACGCUCAGCCAAGAAUGGAGGGGCUGUCUGACAGAUAGAUUUUCAGGCCCAUGAGAUAGCAAUCAUAUCUUGCUCUCUUCCCCUCACAAUUUUUCUCUCAUCUUCCAACAAUAGCUGCAUAAUGCUGGUCUUGAGGAACGCAAGUCUGUCGCGAAAUGUCGGUGUUGCGCGACAGCAUGAUUCAAUUGCUGUCGCUGCCGGACUCAGAAGUCUUGGUCAAGAUGCUGUGUCGAGGAGGACUAGUGCUGGUCAAUUGGCCUCGAGAACACAGACACGACUCUUCACAAAAAGCAUUGAGAGUAGCAAAGGAGAUCGAGAACGUGUCGUUGUGCUAGGCUCUGGCUGGGCUGGCUACACACUUGCUCGCGACCUUGACCCCAAGAAAUACCAAGUCGUCGUGGUAUCACCUCGCUCCUACUUUGUCUUCACUCCUCUGCUCGCAUCCACUUCCACUGGUACCCUCGAAUUCCGCACAGCUCUCGAACCCGUCCGCUCUCGUCGCACGAAAGUCGAAUUUUUCCAGGGAUGGGCUGAUUCGGUCGACUUUGUAACCCAAAAGUUGACCGUUGAAGAGGCUGUGGAAAAUCCAUGGCAGGCUAUGGCUUUGACGGGUGAUGGUAAAGAAGAUCAGAACUCAGAUCAAUCACAACAAGAGAAGAAAGUCAAGGCGAAGAAGGGGAAGCUGUUCGAGAUGAGCUACGACAAGUUGGUUGUGGCUGUUGGAUGCUACUCGCAGACUUUUGGCACACCUGGUGUUAAAGAGAAUGCCUACUUCCUCAAGGACGUUGGCGAUGCUAGAAAGAUUCGCAACAGAAUGCUUUCUUGCUUCGAGACAGCGUCCCUCCCAACCACCAGCGAGGCAAUGAAGAAGCAACUCCUCAACUUCGCCGUCGUAGGAGGUGGCCCAACCGGUAUCGAGUUCUCAGCUGAGCUCCACGAUCUCAUCAGCGAAGACAUGGCAAGACUCUAUCCCGAACUGAUGCAAUACUACAAAAUCACAGUCUAUGAUGUUGCGGAAAAAGUCCUGAGCAUGUUCGACGACAAGCUUGCAAAGUUCGCCAUUGAACGCUUCACCCGCGAAGGUAUUGAUGUGAAGACAUCACAUCACGUCAAGUCUCUUCGCAGAGGUGCUCCAAAACAACUCAAAGAAGCGGACGACGGUGAUGAGAUUAAAGACGACGCAAGCUGCUACACUCUGGAUCUGAAAGAAGAAGGAGAAGUAGGCGUAGGAAUGGUCGUCUGGUCCACCGGCCUCAUGAUGAACCCCUUCAUCUCAAAAUCCCUUGCAAGACCUUAUACAAUCCCCAUAUCCAGCGCUGCAGUGGAACAGAAAUCUGACGCAAAGAGUUGGAAUAUUUCUACCCAUCCUCGCAGUGGUGGCAUCAUGACAAAUGACCGUCUCCGUAUCAUAAUGCAACCUUCUGCCGGUACGAAAGAAGAGAACAAUGGCAGAGCGAUAAUCAACAACGUCUACGCUCUCGGCGACUGCGCAAUCAUGGAAAACUCGGCCUACCCAGCAACAGCGCAAGUCGCAAACCAAAAAGCCCGUUGGCUAGCCAAACAGCUUAAUCGCAAUACCAUCGAUGCCAACGCAUUUACGUACAAAGAUCUGGGCAUCAUGGCGUAUGUCGGGAACUGGAAUGCAAUCAUGCAGUCUAGUGGUGGUGAUGUCAGUGGCAGGGUCGCGUGGUUGAUUUGGAGGGGUGCGUAUCUGGCAAAGAGUGUUAGUUGGAGGAACAGGAUUCUCAUUCCUGUCUACUGGUUUGUCAAUUGGGUGUUUGGAAGGGAUAUCUCAAGGUUUUGAGUCGAGGGGAGAGGGGUGUUUAGUGUGCCCACUUCAACCACAGGUUAAUGAGAGGCACGAUAUCUAUGCCAGCUUUGCCUUCUCCCCAUGUGCUCAAGUCUGUCACGCAUAGCUGAAUCAUAUUAUUUGCAUGAAGACAAUCAGGUGAUCCCCAAGGCAGUCUUCGGUGUGCUUCUUUCGUGUUCGUACCAG